CAAUAAAAGCAUUUUCUCGUAAAGUUUGCGCCGUCCACGUGCGUAAUACGGUUAUGUUUGUUGAUCAUGUCAAUAAUCGUAAUCAAUUAUAUGUGAAAUUAAAUUUAAUUAUACAGAAACAAAUAUUCAAUCAUGACCUCGCAUCGUAUACAUAACAUAAAAUUUUACAAUCUGGUAUCAAAAUCAGUGACCUGUUUGUGUCAUGAAUCAAAAACGAAAAAGUUAGCUCUUGCCAGGAACAACAACUCCAUAGAAAUUUGGAAUGUAGAGAAUGCACCAUUUGUUGAGUGCACCAUAGCCGGUCAUACCGAGAAUUCGGUGGAGAGCAUACUGUGGAUUGAUUCCAGACUGUUCUCGACGGGUCUUCAUGGUGCGGUAGUCGAGUACGACUUAAAUACGCUAAGUAUCAAGCAUGAAGUUAUGGUAAUAGGAGGAGCAGCCUGGUGCAUGGAUGUGAAUCAAGAGAAGACUUGCCUGGCUAUUGGCACUGAGGAGGGAUAUAUCAAUACAUUUACUGUACACAAAGAUAAAUUGAUUUACGAGAGAAUAUUUGACAAGCAGAAAGGAAGAAUUAUGUGUAUUAAGUGGGAUAACACAGGGGAGAUGAUUUUUACAGGUUCUAUAGACACCAUCAGGGUUUGGAGUGCCAUGUCUGGACAUGCGAUACAUAAAAUGACAACCUCUAGAAACAAUAUUAAGAAGAACACAAUAAUCUGGUGUCUCGCAGUUACUGACGACAAUGUAAUAAUAUCCGGUGACUCUCAGGGCUUCCUGUGCUUCUGGGAUCCUCAAAUGGGAAUCCAAAUAGAGUCUCACGAAAGUCAUACGGCCGAUAUAUUGGCUGUUACAUUGUCGCACGACAUGAAUGUAGUAUACUGCGCAGGUGUGGACCCAGUUGUAAGAAGCUUCUGCAAAGUCACGCUGAAAUCGAGCGGAAAGCCACAGUGGGUGAAAGGAAUCGAGAGGCGGUUACACGUUCACGAUGUCAGAGCGCUCGUGGAAGCUAAUGGGAAGCUGUAUUCGGCCGGGGUAGACGGGUACCUCGCCGUGUCGAGUUACCCGCCGAAAAAUCUCGUAAAGUAUCCACCGCUAUUGCAGCCGCCGUACGCUACGAUUUGCCGAAAGUCUCGAUGUAUCUUGUUACGGUAUACGAACUAUCUGGAGCUAUGGAGGCUUGGUUCGGCCACUAAGGAUCCCCCAGAAUUGGUGCGCUCUUCCAUGCUGCAUCAAUUGGACGAGGAACCUAUCAGACUGCUGCAGUUGCAAACCAAGGGUGAUGAGAGCAUCAUCUCCUACGCCGUUAACAAGGACUCCAAGACGCUCGUGUAUUCGACAGACACUCACGUCCGAGUUUUUAAUUUCGACGUGGUGGAGGGAGACGCACAACUGUCCAGAUAUGAUACCGACCUGUCUAUGAAGCGAAUACAAAAGAUGCUGUUCAGUCCGAACGGCAAGUUAUUCGUCGCCGUUAACAACGACGGCAGCGAGAGCACCGUGACAUUGUUUAAGGUGAACAAAAAGAGCUUAAGUCUGAUCGGAUCGUUCCAGACGACGAAGGAGUCUAUUAAAAAUGUCGGUCUCGUGUGUUUCUCUCCGGACAGCAAGUAUCUCGUAUGCACAGAUCGGCAACGCGGAAUCGCCGUGUACUUUAUCGGCGACGGCGUGACGACAGAAUCGCUCAAGGGGUGGCAAUUGUCCAAGUACAGCUGUCCGGCGACGGCGAUAGCCGUGCAGAAGAGUACGCUCAAUUUGGUCAUAGCAUAUUCUGAUCAUAAGAUCGUUGAAUACAAUAUUCCUACGAGGAGCUACACCGAGUUUUCCAAUAAUUUGCAAAAUCGAUUAUCAAAGCAGUGGCUAGCACGACCAUUCCCGAUAAUGAACAUCAUAUUUGAUCCGCGCAACGAGAAUAUUAUAAUCAUGCAGGACGAUUCGAGUGUGUACGUCAUCAAUAAGACUAGCGAGUUGCCAGAGAAAGAAACAAAGCUUCUUAAGCGAGAGAAUGGAGAAAGCGCGGAAGAUAGUAAUUCAAUUUCCAGCUCACAGUUUCAACAUACGUUUCAAGUUGUUAAGAAAUAUAAGCAUCUUGUUUACAUAAAUUGGUUGAACGACGAAGAGUUGGUUGCGGUUGAAGUCAAUCCUGCCUCGCUGUUGGAGAAAUUACCACCUACUCUGAAACAAAAAUUCUUUGGCAUGUAAAUAUUAUGUACAUGAAAUAAUAAUAAUAAUAAUAGUAAUCAAAUUUUAUACACUAUUUUGACAUUAAAAUUUGUGACUGGAGUUCACUAUCAAU